AUGAGUCUUUCAUCAAGCCCGGAAACCACCUCUAUACCCACAUCCUCCAAGGAGUCAAUCGACUCCCCCAACGUGGCCAUGCAGCCAUUCACACCAGGGCAAUGUCUCUUCUGCCCCAAACCCUCACCAAGCUUUGCCGACAGCGUGAUACACAUGCAAAAGUCACACGGCCUAUUUAUCCCGCAUCAGCAACACCUGGUAGUCGACCUCGAGACCCUGUUCAAGUACCUUCAUCUCGUCAUCUUCGGGUACCGGGAAUGCAUUCAUUGCGGGACGGAAAGAACCACCGUCCAGGCUGUACAACAGCACAUGACCGGCAAGGGCCACUGCAGAUUCGAUAUAUCAGAGCGAGACUCCGAGUUUUCCGAGUUUUACGACUUCUCCGAACCAGAAGAUGAAGCCAGAAGUGAUGCCGAGAGCGACAGCGACGACUUGGGACCGGAAGAGACGGCUCCAUCCCCAGGCCGGAAGCCAGUCAUGGCCGACGAGGACUCGAUCCGUUUACCGUCGGGUAAAAUCAUAUCGAGGCAGUCAACAGCCCAAGCGGGGCCGUCCUUCACGCAGCUACGCCGUCGAAACCGGAACGCCGCUUUACAACUAGAACACUCCGUAGCGGAGGCCGCUGAAGAGGAGGGAUCCGGCAGAGAGGGGCCCAACUCGGACACUCCCGACACACGGCUGUUGUCGAGGAGGGAGAGGCGAGAGAGGGCGACGAUGACGUACCAGAUGGCCAACAUGAGCGCCAACGACCGGGACAGCUUGAUGCACCUGCCCGCGGCUGAGCAGCGGUCGUUACUAGCGGCUCAGCAUAGGAAUGCGGAAAAGGUGCAAAAGGAGGAGAAGAGGAGGCAGAGCAAGGUGGACCGCAAGGGGAACAAGAACCUGUAUGCUUAUUGGCACACGGAAACACCUGUAUACACGUGUGGCUAG